AUGGCGUGGAGGAGCUGCUCGGUGCUCCGGCUGCCCGGAGAGGCCGCUCUGCGGAGCUCCAUGAGGGGCGGCAGGUCAGUGAGCCACGCCGGGGACAGGCCGCGGCUCCCGGCUGCCCGACACACCGAGCCCCGCGCUUCCAGCAGAGGUGUGGCUUCAGGAAAUCGGCAGGAAACCAGAAUCCAAGAAGGUGGAGGAGGAGCCAGGCCCCCCCCACGCAUAGAAUUGGCCGAGGCUGCGGUCCCUCGCCGGACGCCAACCCCCCUCUUGGAACAGCAGGCCCCGCCCCCCUCCCCCCGGGCCUUCGGUCGGCUCAUCAGGCCGCUGGUCUUCACCGUGGGGUUCACAGGCUGCUCCUUCGGCGCCGCGGCGAUCUGGCAGUACGAGUCGGUGAAGUUCAGAGUCCAGAGCUUCUUCGAUGAGAUCCGAGCCGAUUGGCUGGAGAAGAUGAAGCCUCAGAAGAGAGGAGACGUCCGCAAGGAGAUCAACCAAUGGUGGAACAGCUUGAGUGAAGGUCAGAGGACGGUCACAGGGAUCAUUGCUGCUAACGCCGUGGUGUUCUGCUGCUGGAAGGUCCCGUCCCUGCAGCGCUUCAUGAUCAAAUACUUCACGUCCAACCCGGCCUCCAGUGAGUCUCACACCUAG